AUGAAAGAUCCACAGGCACAAGUUGUCUUGAUUAAGAAAAUAGGUUGUCUUGGAUGCUGCAACCCAGGGAUUAAUUCAAUGGAUGAAGCUUCUCAAGGACUGAGAACUCAAGACCAAACAGUGACUAAAGUGGAUGGAUCAGAAGAUUUCUGGAGCAGCAGCACCUUUGAAUUAGACCACAGCGCAGCUAACUCACAUAGAAGCAUCUCAUCAAUCGGAAUAUCGAAUAAUCCUUCAGAUCCUCAAAGUAGUGGAGGCGGUCAAAGUGAUCCUCCUGAAUUUAUCAACCAUGGCAAGUUUGCUGUUAUAUUGGUUCUCUACUAUGGAAACAGGCUUUUUCUCUGGAACCAGAUAAGACAACAAUGGCUUGGAAACAAAAGGUCUGAGAGUAUCACAGAAAUUCAAGAACCAAGAAUAAGUUCCAAUGCCACCUACGACACCCUACUUGGAAACAACAAGCCCUUUCCCCAACGCAUCCCUUUGAGAGAAAUGAUUGACUUUCUUGUUGAUGUUUGGGAGCAAGAGGGUCUCUACGACUGA